AUUUGUUUACUUUUUUUCGUAAAAAUUAAAAAUGUAUGAACAAAAUUAAAACGAAACAUUGCAAAAAAGUGUACUCCCGCGCAUGUGAAGGCGACCGAGGUGGCAAUAUGUUUCGAAGUGCAACAUAACGUCAUAACAGACAAAAUAUUAUAAAGAAAAUUUAAACUAUUCAAACACGAAAUAAGGUUGUAAAUCGUGUGUUGGAUAAACAAUUAACUUGACAGUGUGAAUGGAGAAGGCUCGUCAACCACCACUCAUUUGAGAAACUGCCUCAGUCCGCGUCAAGCGUCCGUUGCUGCUGCACGCAUGCGCGCUCUCCUCCCAUUGGCCGACUUGAAUUUCGGAUUCGAACGUUCUAACUGACCGGCCAAUCUCGUUCGAUCGUUUGAUUUCUUUUCGCGUCCACUUUAUGAAUGUACGCUGUGUUCCGUUAUCGUGACCUGUGCUUGUGACAUUCGAAGACAGUGUAUUAAUAACGGCUGAUUGUUUCGUGACAGAAGGUCGGAUGUUUUCUCACGUUUUCUGAUGUAAAUAAACAACGUACAGGAAAACAGGCCACCUGAGCGGAUUAUUGACCCAGUCACGAUCGGUCACCGGAACCAUUAUGCCUUAUACAUCUGCUACUAUCUGAACGGACCUGACCAGCAUUGCAAACGGGAAGCACCGUUAAUUAUGCCAAUUUAUUAGCAACCACAAUGAUGGAAGAAGUAACGCCGCGCCCCAGUGUCGAAUACAUCCCUGCUUUGCCUCCAAAGGUGAAGCAAAGAGGAUCGACAACUUACACACAAAUAACCAACGACGAUGCUAAUCUCAACACAAACGGGUUCACCGCUACUGACGUCCGGAUGGACUCACUAAGUUCGAUGCACUCACUCGUCCUUAAUUCUAAGACACCAUCUGCAACGGUAUUCGUAGCGGCGACCCAGUCAGACCGACCCGCGAGUACGCCUAGUGCGGACGCUCACAACGGACCACACGUGGUUACUAUCAGAAUAAACACCGACGCAGACAAACCCAAGGCACCCAAAAUAUCCAGCGUACACCUAAAGAGCGACGUCGACUUCGACACCUUCAAGAUUAACGACAUAUGCAAGAAAAACAACAGCUUAGUCAGAAUCAAUGUGGAUGAAAACAGACCGAAAAUUAUAGAAAACGAAGAUCUACUGAAUAACGACAAACCUCCUUAUAUUUACUGCAAUUCAUUCACAAGUUCGAUGACAAAUAUGGUUAUGUCAAGCGGCCAGUGCUCUCCGAGCGACACGCUAGACUCCGGAACUUGUAGCGACCUUGACGGCACUCCGCCGCCGCUACCAAAAAAGAAGACGUCAAAAUCUAGUUCAAUAAAGAAAGCCGUAUCUGUAACACUAAUCAGCUCGAGAAACGGGAACAACCAAAACGAAGUUGAUUUUGAAGACAACGAUUCAAAUAUAUCAUGCGAUUCUCUGAAUAGUAGUGAGCUGAACGUAAGUGUACACGCCGAUGAAAGUCAUAGCGAAUAUAGUAAAAAGGAAAAGAAACAGAGUGCGGAAUCACUCGGCGUGCCGGAGACACUCGCCAAAGCGAACAAUAAAGACAGUAGCUUUCUACCGCAGGGUCUGCUGCAAGACAUAAGAGACCGUUCAGCGAAACUAAAUACGGUCGAAACUGAAAGCGAGCCCCAGCCCGAACAGCACGAGGAAACGAACCAGAAUAUUAAUGAGGAUGCUAAUAUUUCAAAAGAAAGCACACAGCUCACAUCGUUCCGUCUAGUUUCACAGUUAAAUAGCGAGUCAAAGAACGCGCCUGAAUCGCUGCCCGCAAACUUGUGUUCUAAAUCACCGCUAAUCAGCGAGAGUACCUACGAGGAGCGGAAACAACAGGACAAGAUGAAACAAGAGCAAAUGUUCUACAGCAGUCAUUACUUUGACACGGACAAGUUCUACGAUUUUCAUCUAAACGAGAAACAAUUUGACGAUGUGAAAAGUGUUAGUGUUGGUGUCAAGAGUGAGAGUGAAGUGUCUGAAGUGGAAUACUUUGCCGGUGUGAAGGAUUACAAAAACGAGGAGAUGCCUUCUACGAUAAAAAGUUCUAAAGGAACAAUAAGGGGCGUGAAGAACCGUGUGCGGGCGGGCAUAGCGACAUUUCUACAAAUGCAGAGCACGACAAAGAGUUACAAAGAAAAAGAUGCCGGCAAAGUUGUAUUGUAUACAACGACGAUGGGUAUCGUCAGGAGUACAUACCAACGCUGUGUUCUUGUGAAGAAGAUCCUGAGGAACUUACUGGUGAAGUACGAAGAACGGGAUGUCUUCAUGAGCAUCGAGUAUCAAGACGAGAUCCGGGACAGGAUGAGGAGCGACCAGAUCUUGGUUCCGCAGCUGUUCGUUGAUGGACAGCAUAUCGGGGAUGCUGACACUGUGGAGAAGUUGAACGAGUGUGGCGAUCUUAGGAAAAUGUUGAAACCUUAUAAGAGUCCAGACGCUUGCAACACCUGUCAGAUGUGCGGCGGCUUCCGGCUCCUGCCGUGCCGGAUCUGCAACGGAUCCAAGAAGAGCCUCCAUCGAAACCACUUCACUGCAGAGUUCGUGGCCCUAAAAUGUAUGAACUGUGACGAGGUGGGCCUUGUUAGGUGCGAAGCCUGCUGCUAAGUUACGUCACCAUUUCUACAAUUGCAGGUUUUUGAUAAUGUAGCCCCAGAUCAAUGCUAUAGCUCAAUUGCGCAAUCUGAUCGAUACUAUCGCAAAUCUUAGGGGCAAAUUUUAAUCAAAUAGAUUAUAAUAAAAGAGGUUUUAUUCGAUUACAUAAUCGCUUUUGUUAAAGCAUCGAAUUUCAAAAUUUUGAGAUGAACUGUUGUUUACACUUGAAAUAAUGAAAACACAGUUACUCUUAUUUUUUUGCAUAGAUACGAGCCAGCAAUGCUUAGCUAGAUAUUGCUUAGAAAUAAGUUCGCAGAAAA